ACCCAGAGGAAAUACAUCCUGCUCUGUGAUUGGCUGAAUCCAUGCUGGGAGGAGACUCGCAAUAAUGUUUUGACUGAAGAGAGAGAGAGAGAGAGAGAGAGCGAGAGAGAGAGAGAGAGGAGUAUAUAUGCCUGUUGGUGUGUGUGCAUUUAUAUAUAUAUAUGUGUGUGUGUGUGUAUUUUAGGGAGAAGAAGGGGGAAAGUAAAAAGGGGAAGAGAGAGAGAGAGAAAAGAGAAAAGAGAAAAGAGAAAAGCUCGGCCUGGUUCCUCUGUCAGAGAGAGAUUUCUGAGAUCCGGUGCAGUAGUGUGAUGGCGGCUGAGUGUGUGCGAGCACGCAGUGUGUCGGGACGUCCCGAGGGCCCGUACCGGGCGGUGCAGUGUGUGGACUCUCUGGUGCAGCAGGAGUUUGAGGGAGUGGAUACGCUGGAUAAACUGUUCCGAUAUGCAGUGAACAAAUACACACCGACACCCUGUGUAGGGAGCAGGGAGAUCCUCUCUAAAGAGAAUGAGACACAGGCCGACAGGAAGGUCUACCAGAAGCUGGUGCUGGGUGAGUACAAAUGGAAGUCGUAUAAGGAAGUAGAUCAUCAGGUGAACCAGCUGGGCAGUGGACUGGCCGCUUUGGGUCAGAAACCUCGUGACUCCAUCGCCAUCUUCUGUGAGACCAGAGAGGAGUGGAUGAUUACUGCUCAGGCCUGCUUCAGAUACAACUACCCCUUGGUGACACUUUAUGCCACACUCGGUGAGGAUGCUGUAGCAUUUGGUUUAAAUCAGUGUGGUGCCACACACCUCAUCACCAGCAAAGAGCUGCUACAGACCAAACUAAAGGCGGUGCUGGUGGAUGUUUCAGGUCUGAAGCAUGUCAUCUAUGCAGGCAGUGGAAGUGUGAAUGUACAAGAUUACCCACAAUCCCUCAGUAUUCACAGUAUGCAAGAAGUCAUGGAGCUGGGAGCCAAACCUGAGAACUUGAGUGCACGGUGUGACGCUCCGUCAGCCUCUGAUGUAGCAGUAGUGAUGUACACCAGUGGAUCUACAGGUCGUCCUAAAGGAGUGGUGAUGCUGCACAGUAACCUCAUCUCAGGGAUGGCAGGCCAGUGCCAGCGGAUCCCAGAACUCGGACCUCAGGACACGUAUGUCGGGUAUCUCCCGUUGGCGCAUGUACUGGAACUAACAGCAGAACUGUCGUGUCUGAGUCACGGCUGCAGGAUUGGAUAUUCCUCACCACACACAUUAUCAGACCAGUCUAGUAAGAUAAAGAAAGGCAGUAAGGGAGACUGCUCCGUACUCAAUCCCACCCUGAUCGCUGCUGUUCCAGAGAUUAUGGACCGGAUCUAUAAGAGUGUAAUGGGUAAGGUGGGAGAGAUGAGUGCUAUACAGAGGACGCUCUUCACUCUUGCCUACAAGUACAAACUGCAGCAGGUGGAGCGCGGAGCUGACACACCCAUCUGUAACGCGUUGAUGUUUAAGCGAAUAUCCUCAAUACUGGGUGGGUGUGUGAGAUUGAUGCUGAGUGGUGGAGCUCCUCUCUCAUCCGUCACACACCGAUUCAUCAAUAUAUGUUUCUGCCCCAUCGCCAUUGGUUACGGCCUGACGGAAACCUGCGGUGCGGGGACAAUCUCAGAAUUCUCUGAUUAUACCACAGGACGGGUCGGGGCGCCUCUCAUCUGCUCUGAACUGAAACUGCGGGACUGGUCUGAAGGUGGGUACACCAGUCAGGACACGCCCCACCCACGGGGCGAGAUUUUGAUUGGAGGGCCGAACGUUGCCAUGGGUUAUUACAAGGACGGGGGUGAGGGUGAGAGUGGAGAAUUCUGGGUAGACGAGUCCGGGCAGCGCUGGUUCUGUACAGGUGACGUGGGAGAGGUGCAUCCUGAUGGCUGUCUGCAGAUAGUAGACCGUAAGAAAGAUCUGGUGAAGCUACAGGCCGGGGAGUACGUGUCUCUGGCUAAAGUGGAGGCAGCACUGAAGAACUGUCCACUCAUCGACAACGUCUGUGCAUAUGCUAACAGCAAUCACAACUUUGUUAUCAGCUUUGUGGUGCCCAAUCAGAAGAGACUGACUGAAUUAGCCAAUAAAAAUGGGAUCGAGGGCGAGUGGGAGGAGCUGUGUAAUCAUGCUCAAUUGGAACAGGAAGUCCUAAAAGCCAUUAAACAGGCUGCGAACUCAAAUAAACUGCAGAGGUUCGAGGUUCCUCUGAAGGUGAGAUUAAGCUCUCAGGUUUGGACUCCAGAAACUGGACUGGUUACAGACGCCUUUAAACUGAAGAGGAAAGAGCUGCAGAGACACUAUGAGCAGGACAUUAACCGCAUGUACGGAGCUUAAUAACACACACACACACACACACACACACACACACACACACACACACAAGCUAGGAACAUACACAACAUAAACAUGUAAACACAAGCGGGUUCAGCCACACAAGAUCCGUGUGAUUUAUAUUUAUAUUUUCAGCAUUUAGCAGACGCCUUUAUCCAAAGCGACUUACAGUACAGUUACAGUAUACAGUCUGAGCAACUGAGGGUUAAGGGCCUUGCUCAAGGGCCCAACAGCAGCAGCAAGCUAGCAGUGGUGGGGCUUGAACCAGCGACCUUUGGAUUACUAGUCCUGUGCCUUAACCACUAGGCUACGGCUUGCCCCUUGAUUUAGGAUUUUAUGUCCUUUUGAAAAAUAUAUUUAAGCACGAGCUGCAUUCCAGCGGUGCACAAGGGGGCGCUGUUCAUCAGGAAUCAGUUUGGGGAUUGUGGGUGUUUUUAGCGCUCCUGUAACUACUGAAGAUUGGAACCUCUACCGUACUGGAGAGAUGCACUCUGGGUCUGCGGACCAGGAUGAACGCUCACACUCGCCGGCUCCACGUUCCUGUUUGUGUUUCCACGGUAGCUGUUGUGUUUGUUCCUAGCUGUAGAGUCAGUGAGAGGAGGUGUGUGCUGCCCCCUGCUGGAUACUCCUCACUGAUCGAUCCGCUUUACCGUGUACUGUGUCUUACAGCGUGUUACUCUUAUGAGUGUGUAUUUAUAAAGUGAAGUGCAUGAGGGACCAAGUCUGUUACACCACUUUAUCCUUAUGGGACCAGUAAGAAACCAGCUGCAGAAAGUUCUAGAUGUUCAGAUUAGUUUCUAUAGAAAUACCAGCGCUUCAGGACCAGAGUUCCUUUCUCCUCUACACACAGUAACUGAUGGGAUUUCACACAGAUCUAUUCAGACCCGCCCAUCUUCACAUCAGCUUUGUCAUUUUUCAUUCUUUUUCUGCAAUUUUCCACUGUUUCUCCCAAUCCAGUCGUAUCCAAUUCCCCAGUUAUCUCUCCUCUACUGCUGCUGCAGACCCUGACUGAGGGGGGUCGCACCUAACGAACGCCCCCUCUGACAUGUGUAGCAUCUUGUGUAGCAUGUGUAGCAUGUGUAGCAUCUUUUCACCUGCACCGGGCGGGUUCACACAGGGAUCAGUAUCGCGUAUGGAAAGUCACAUGAUUCACCAUCUCUGUGCAGCGCCUCGACCAGCCAGCAGCGGCCGCUGUUGCAGUAUUCUCGCCCCCAGACACAGCCACUCACGUCUGUAGGCGCCCGGCUGGCUGAUAGCAGACAUUUUAGCUGUAUCGUAAUCUUGGUGAAAUAGAAACUGAAGCUUUAAAUGAGUGGAAUGAUUUCAGUAAAAUAUUUGAUGUUUUUAAUAAAACGCUGAGUUUGUUGUGUUAGUAAAAUCUGCUGGUCGGAUGUUUGCAGCUGCGUCAGGAACAGAAACGGAGGAAGAAAUGUGGAAUUAUUUUGGGUUUCGGGGUGUAAACAUUAAAAUCUGUCCCUUUAUUUAACGGCUCAAGCUGUUAUUAGAUUUUAUUAUAAAUAUAAUGCUUCAGUGAAUAAACUUUGGUUUUACAUGAAACCCAUGUGGACACAGGGAGAACAUGCAAACUUCACACAGAAGGGACCCUGGCUACCCGGCCGGGGAAUCAAACCCACGCCCUUCCCACAGCGCCACCAUGCUUCUGUCUACAUGAAAUACGCAACUUAAAUGUUUUAUUUAAUAUUAAAGUUGAAGAGACGAGGACCUGGAUUUGCGCCACAGCUCCUGACACUCUUUAUGAGCAGUUUGGCAUGUUCUCCUGGUGUCUGCAUGGGUACUCUGGUUUCAUUCUUCCUUAUGAAAACAUGCAGAAGGUGGAUUAGCUGCUGUAAAUGAUCCCUGGCAGUGGACCCACGGGAACCUUUACACACCAACACACACCCACGAUCAGUGUACUGAACUGUGAGACGCCACCAUGCUAACAUGCUAAUGAUGGGGAGCACUUAGCAUUUAUGUUAGCAUACGUUAGCUCAAUGGGUUAAAGACUUGUAAAUUUCAUUGUUGGUAAUUCUACACAAAAUCUUUUAUUAAUGGUUUUUAAUGUGAUUUUAAAAUGUUUUUUAAUAAAUGAUGAUUUAUAUAGAGAUUAAA